ACAAACAUGCCGUACUUUCUAAGAAAUCCUGGCUGCAUUUAUCAAACAGGUUUGCAAGUGCUGCUUGACAACGAUCCAAAUGAUUAUUUCAUUUCGAACGUUCCAUCAAUCGGGUUUCAGGUCCAAAUUCAUAACCCAUUUGAUUUUCCGCAUUUUGCAUUACCGACAAUGUUGAGUGAAAUCAACACUAGUAAUUUCUUCGCAGUUAGUGGCGAAAUAACAGGCAAUAGUGAUGCUGUGAAGGCGAUGACCACUUUAGAGAGAAAUUGCAUAUUUUAUAACGAACGGAAAAUGAAUGUUACAACUAGGUAUACUUAUCAAAACUGCAUCAGUGAAUGUAAAGUAGCAACCAUACUGGAAAUUUGUGGAUGUGUUCCAUUUUACCUUCUAAUGGAUACAGGUAAAAUCCGUAACAUUAAUUUGCACUCAGUUUGCAGG